ACAGCUACUUUUUCCUUGGAAGAAUUCUCUUGUCACUUGUUUCCUGCUACUUCUUACAAUUUUAGACCCAUCAACUCAGAAAAACACACACAAAUAUUUGGCGAUUAAACACUCAUUUGCAGGAUGGGCACCAUCAUGGAUCAAAGCAUCAUGGUGCCAAGCAAUGUACAGACACACAGCGCGCGCGCGCACACAAAAGCAGUCACGUAGCCCCUGCCCCAAUGAGCUCAAUCUAUUUUAUGACAUGAUGCAACAUGAAGAUGUGUGGGAAAAGGCAGAGGAAGUCAUAGUAAAGCAAGUCCUGAUUGUUUCAGUUCAAAGAACCUUGCGCUGCAAGCACAGAAAAAGCUCCUGAGUAAAAUGGCUACCAAAACUAUGGCUAACAUGCUCAUCGACGACACAAGCAGCGAAAUAUUUGAUGAGUUAUAUAAAGUAACUAGAGAACAUACAAGGAACAAGAAGGAAGCUCACAAAAUUAUGAAGGACUUGAUUAAAGUGGCAAUAAAAAUUGGGAUCCUCUACCGAAACAAUCAGUUCAACCAAGAAGAGCUGGAAAUCGUAGACAAAUUCAGAAAGAAGCUGAAUCAGACAGCCAUGACAAUUGUCAGUUUUUACGAGGUAGAAUACACCUUUGAUAGAAAUGUUCUCGCAGAACUUCUGAACGAAUGUAAAGACCUGGUGCACGAACUGGUAGAGCGACACCUGACGCCCAGGUCCCAUGCGCGUAUCAACCAUGUCUUCAAUCACUUUGCAGAUGUGGAAUUCCUCACUGCCCUGUAUAGCCUUGAUGGGGAUUGCCGACCACACCUCAAAAAGAUCUGUGAUGGAAUCAACAAACUACUUGAUGAGAAAGUCCUUUGAAAUUUUGCCUUUUACAAAAAAACAAAAAACAAAAAAACAAAAAAACCUCAUUCCUAGAGCUGCAGCAAACUGGCCAUACUUGAUGAGUUGUGGCAAAGCUUGUGAGCUUCCUUCCUACCAUCCGCCUGCUACACGGACUUCAUCAGAAACCAGCAUGUGCUCACUUGGCUUAUUAUGAAGAAAACUUCCCCAGAAAGCUACAAAUUGUAAUUCUCAGUUCACAGGGAUUUCAGCCUUUUCAAAGGAGGGAGCCAAGGGGGGUACUGAUGUUUAUUAUUCAGAACAAGAUCACAGCACAUCAUUACCUCAGUAUAUGUUGGGGUCUUGUUGUGUGAAAAUGAACCUAAACUCGUAUAUCUUUUUCUUAUUCCUAAGAAAGAUCUCAGAGGCUUAGAUGGAAAGUGGGGUUCUGAUGGGCACAAGUUCUCUCCUUUAGUGUCAGCAGCCAAUAGGAGAGCACAUCUCCAAUUUUGCAGGUGAUUAAGACCAUACUGGAGAGCAGAACUUAAUAAAAGGGGGAGAAGUGAGAGGAGUAGAGAAGCUUCUUUAAGAAGCAUGUUCCCACUAGAGAUUUUUGCUUUGCAUCUAAGAAUAGAAGUGAGAAACUUGUGAUUGUGAUUCUGGAAAAACAGCUCAGAGACUUUAAAGUCAAACAUAAUGAAGAAACUAAAUCAUGAAGUACAACAUUGGCUUCAAUAAUAACCUGGUUCCCACAGGCUCAAGCACACCGUGACAUCAAAUAGGCUUAGAUUAGAGGGCCAUGCUACUUUCUCUGCAAUUACUGUUUUCAGUGCCAGAGCAUAAGUUUCCUGCUGAAGAACACCAUGAUACAGAUGCUGAACACCUGAGAGGAAUAGUGAUACGGAUCAAUGAAGCCAUCAUCUGUCCCUUCCUUCUCCACUGAAACACCCUUUCCACUUGCAAAUAGCAAAAGCUCUCAAAAGACAAUAUUCAAUGUAUGGAACAACUUUUCAGCCAUGGCUUAGCGUACGUCCAUUGUAAUUAGUUGUGUUUACAGUCAAAUAGUGAAAUGUGGGGAACAGGGGCCAAGCUGCUUUUUCACAGUGCCAUCUAUGUGUAGAAUAUCCACACCUCUGUAACUAGGGCUUGUUAACAUGGGAAACUUAGGAGCAACAUCAAGGACCUAUUGCAUCUUAUUCUAUACACAUUUAAAAAAAAAAAAAGGAACACACUCCAACACCUAUUACAGAACAAGGAUCAACUAAAGAACUUGCAGAAAAGUUACGGUGGUUGCAACAGGCCAACUGUCCUGGCAAAAGUCCGGAUUUUAUGAUCCCCAGUCCAGAGCAUCACAAAAGAAAGCAGCAUGAUAUAGUGCUUAAAACAACCAAUUCAAGCUCUGCCACUGACUUUUGUAAUCUUUGACAAGUCACUUAGCUUCUCUGUGUCCCAAUCUGCAAAAUUUCCCUAUGUAAAUUGCUCUGAAAUUAUUGGAUUUAAAAAAAACACUAGGUAAGAGUUUAGCAUUGCUAUUAGGAAACUAAGACUGAGGAAAUCCUGAUACCAAACGAAAUGCUGGCAGAGAAUUAUAUUGCUCAUUAUUGAACUGAGGUGACUUCUCUUUUAGAGGCAGAGGGGAAAUGCAUUACCAGUUCAUUUGAAAGCCAACUUCAUUGUGGAAAAAUCCUCCAAAAGUCAAAUUAAUUUCAACCUUUACAUUGCACUCAUUAAUCUUUGUGCACUGUGUGUGUAGAACAGGGCACUGCAGAAAGCGUAAGGCUCUAUGGUAGAACAUUUUCAUACCUCAAGGCCUCAUAGAAGCAAGACAUUCACUGAAAUAUGCCAGGGCAAAAAGUGGAAUUUCAAAAACAUCUAGGAACUGUGGGGAGGGGGGAGGAGCACAAAUUUUUGUUUUGAGUCAAUCCAAAUGUUUCAUUUCAAUAAUUUUGACACUUAAAAGAAAAAGCCUUUUUGAGGCUCAUUAACUUAAAUUUUCCAAAACAAAAAGUAGUUUUGAACCAGCUAAAUCAGAAUUUUUCACUUCAAAUAUUUUUCUCAACAUUUUUUCAAGGUGGGAAAUGCAUUGAAUUUGACCCUGUUUUGUGAAACUUUGUUUUGGCAAAUCAGCAUUUUCUAUAGUUCAAGCAUUUUAGCUCCUUAUAACUAGUGGACGUAGACAUCUAUCACUAAGUGUGCAAUCACAUAUCCUCCAACAGCAGGGAUAUAGUUAGCCAAAAUAUCCAUUAAGUUAUACAGGGCUAGAUCAUGGAGUCAUCAAGUCUUACCAGCUAAAACUGGCAGAGUUCAUUUCCCCAUCUGUGCUGCCUUGAUUGCAUGGCCUAGUAUGCUGAGGUCCGGGUGGAGCCACAGAGGCUGCUCUGUGACCCAUGCUAUGGCCUUAGGAAAAGAAUAAUUUGUGCAGAGUAAGAGGGCAUCUUAUGUUCCUGUAUUUCCCUGGACAAGUGUAUGCUGCAGGUCAAGAUUUGGCCCUUAGAACAUGGUACUUGGGAGGGAAUCCACUAGAAAGAAAAUCUACAACGGUAUCAAAUGUUAUUGUGUCUUGAUGCACUAACCUUUCCCUGUUUUGAAAUUCUGUUAAUUUUAUAGUGACUCACCCUUGGCUUGCAGACACAGCAGAUUUAGAAUACAUUUAAAACUCUCCUCCCACCAUUGGGUUCAUCCACUCCCACAGCUCUGAAGAUACUUUGGUUUGAGACUGUACCGCCUUUUAGAUGAUAUGCGAAUCACAGAUAGCCUUGCAGACAACACAGAUGUCAAAUACUGUACCAAAGGGUGUAUUACAAUAAUUAAAUGCAUAUUUUUAAAACUCAUGAAAAAUUAUGUAUUUGAAAGCUAUUUCUUUACCUAAGCAAUGCUUACAGAGCAGAUCACUGAUCUCAUCAGUAUUAGAGAGUUGUUUUCACAUGUAAACAUUCAAAACACUAUAGUGUAACAGACUUCAGAACAUUUUCUUAUACUUCUGUCUUUUUUCCUCCCUAGAAAACAAUUGUGUCAUAUCCAGUGCAAUAACAAUCCCAUGUUUCCUUUAUAGUGCAACUAUCCUUAGGUAGCUGGAUGCCCAGCUACCCUAUUCGUAUACUAUCGGGGUACAGUUUCACAUGAGCAAUCAGAAAUGUUCUUAUUUCUCAUCUUUGAAGAGUGUAUUUCAAAUGCACAGGAAAACAAGCCAUCUAAAAUGGCAGCACCAUAGGCUGCUUGUAUUGGGGCGAUUUUCUACCCAUUUCCCUUGAAUCCAUGAAACUUCUGUUCAGUAACAACUAACGUGGACUGCCCUUCUGUGGCAUAACACAGAGACAAAAUCUGGGCAGAAGGACUUGCAAGAUUUGCCUUGUAUGGUAAAAAAUGUAGGCAUUCACCAGAACCAUAUUUAAUAAUCUACACUUACAUGCAGUAUUGGCCAAAAUCUAUCCCAGAGCACUGCUUAUGAAACUGAUGGGCUGUGGGUGUGUUUGAGUAUAUAAUACAUCCAACUCACAUAUCAAAUUUCAGGGGGCAGGGGGGAAAAGAGUUUUUAUUUUGUUUUGGAGCAAGCUAAGUGCAUUUAAAACAAACAAACAAAGCCAGAAUAAAGCCACCAUUCGAAAAGGAGGACAGUUGAAAGAAAAAUGAUACUCUGUAUGUGGUUUCUUUUUGUGUGUUGCACAUAUCAGUAUUCAGACUCUGGUAUUUUAGAAAACAGCCAAAUGUAUAUCAUUUUAUUUAUUAAUUUUAGUAGCCUUAAAGUGGAGGAAAAAUGUUUUCAAGUAUUUGAUACUUGUAUACCCUGUAUAUUCAUUGUUUACUUUUAUACUGGUGGCUUGGUAUGUAAUAAUAUGUUUAAGUCACCCAUCAAGUAUAUGAUGUAUUAUCAUAAUAUUUAUGGAUUAAAUGAUUUGUGAUUACUGUA